UCCUCAUCUGGCACCAUUCUCACCAUCCCCAUUCGCGGGUUAGAGCGGCGCAGAGAGCCGGGCAGCGCAGAGCGAGCAUCGUCCAGAGAUGAACGGCGGUGUCUUUGCGGCCUGAUCAUCGGCUGCAUCCCGAGGCUUUCGAUCCUGCUUCGCCUCGGCGUUCCGGGGAACAUUUGAGGGACGGUGGACUUCCGUUGAAGAGGAUUAACCAAUGAUAUAUUUAUAUAUAUAGAAACGCAAGCGAGGGAGCUACGGUUAUGAAGCUGCCGCAUUUAAUCGUCCGAGCCGCCAUCCCUUGAGCCACCACAAUUGAGCUGCGGCGUUGAUUCGUCCGAAGGGAUCGUGGGCCGAUGCGGCUCGGGAGGAGGUCGCUCCGUCGGUGAGCCAAGUUCCGCCGCUGCCGAGUCGCCAAAAGCCUCCGCGAUGCGCAGGAUGCUGCCGACGGCAGCCGCGUGUGGCCCGACGCCGGACCCGGGCACCGUUCGGUCGCACGAGCAGCCGAGCGGCGCCGCCACCGUCUCGUGCGACCACGACCGGGAGUUCUCCAUCACCGAGACGAACUUUGCGGAGGGUGGGCUAAAGCUCAAGAUACAGAGCAUGCGGCGUGGUGCCAAGCGGCAGCAGCAGCAGCAGAUGGAAUUGGCUGGACUGCGCCCCACCGCCAUCACCGACGCCACUACCGCCCUCGCCGCCCAGCCGGCCAUCAGGAUAACAAUAAGGCCUGGCGAGACGCACGGAAAAUCUCAAGUGGCCCGGCAGAGUGAGAGGUUCUCCAAGAAGAAGAGUGAUCAACAGUUUCACAAUAACCACAACAACCACCACAACAUCAUCAUCAAGCAGCAGGCCGAGGAGACCAGGCUGCAGUGCCUCCACAUCUCACAACAGCAGCAGCAGCAGGAGGAGGAGGAGGUGGAGGACAUCCCCAGAGAGCAGCAGGGGCCAGGUGUGGGAGGUUUCGCUGCGGAAGAGCCGCUGAGCCGGGCAGUGGACAAACCGCAAGGGAGCUUCUCCCCGGCGGUGAGAGGGGGCACCCCGGGGAGCGAGGCGGGCGCAGAUGACGGUUUGGCGACAUACGGCGCCGUGAGGGCGGGAUCGGCGACCGCCACCUUCCGGCCGAGCGGUGCCGGCGGCGAGAGGAGCAGAACCGCGAGGCCCAGAAAAGCGAGCGGCGCGGCGUCGGGUGAUGGUGGCAGGCAGCGGGCGAUGGACGAAUACUUCCAGCAAGAGUUUGGCUGCGUGCCGUCCGUGUCGCCCGUCGACCUGGGCGCGGCGGCCGACUGCUGCUCGGCGUUCGCCGGCGACGACGGCGGCGCUGACGAGGAGGAGGAGGGGGAGGGCGCCGCCUCCGAGGACAAGCUGGGCUCCAUCGAGCUGAGUGCAGACAUCAUCAACAAUGGCUUCCACAGCAAGGCCUACGGAGCGGUGGCCUCCGAGUCGACGGACGACUGCAGCACGCUCGACCCGUCCGAGCUGCACCUGGACGAAGACAUCGGCGAGAUGGAGGAGUUCGCCAGCCACUUCCGGCCCACCGCCCGGCGGGAAGGCAACAACAACAACGACGACGAGGAGGAGGAGGAGGGGGAAGUGCUCGGGGGCUUUCUGGAGAACGACGAGGAGGAGUCGGGUUGCAUUUCGGCCGACGUGGCCGCCCUGGGAGUCAGGGACAGCGUGGGGGACGUGGAGCUGGUGGAGCAGGGCGUCGUGUACGCUCCGGAGGAUUUCUGCGUCUCCCCGUGUGCCUCCACGUUCUCGGGCUCCGUGUCAGUGGCGAGCCCGCUCUCCUCGCCGCUCUACCUGAGCCCUCGUGGCCCUGCCGGCUCGCUGGAGGACAACGCCUCGGUCGUGGACCACUCCGCGGAUUCGUUUCUGUACGAGGACCAGCGCCCGGCGCGCGACUGCAGCUACAAGGAGUUCGAACGCAGCCUGGAGAACGUCCUGGAGGGCAAGCCGCUGGCGGGAGUCGGAGGGGACGUCGCUCCUCCACAUCCCGAAGCGGAGAUUCUCGCGUGCGGCCCGAUGGCGAUGGUGGAAGCUGUGGAGAACGCGACGGUGGUGUUGCCGUCAGAGACGAGUUGCCCGGAAGAAGGGGAGACUCCGGCCGAGUUGGCCCCUCAAAGCACGAGCCCCUUGCCUGCGCUCGUGGAGUCGACCUUUGACCCCGUGGGUGCGGAGUCUCCCGAGCCGGGAGACCCGCGUGUGGCGGCCAAGAAGAAUAAGCAGCGGCAGCCGAGAGGCAAGAAAAGUAAGAAGCUCGCGGGCGCGAGCCGUCGCGUCUCGCCGUCUGCGGAAGCGGUCGAGUGCGAGGGAACCGGCUCGCCCGUCGCCAUCGAAGCGAGGGGCUCGCCGAGAAGUUCACCGGCGGACGGAGUCCCUGCUGCCGUCGCCGCCACGCCGGACGCAGCGGAAAGCGACGACGAGGAGUCGGCGUCCGCCGUCGUUUCCAACGCCGCAUCUCCGAGAGAUGGCACGACGGAAGAGCCGCGACACACGUACGUCGCGAAGGAGGAGCGCUCGGUUUCCAUUCCGCCCGUGUUGUCUGGCGGUCCCCAAAAGCCUGCGGACAAAAUCAAGAAGAGCUCAAAAUCCAGACUGAGGAGUCUCAAUGAGCGCAGGAUUAAGCUCGGCCGCUUGAACCGCGAAAGCAAAAUGCUCCGCGUGGAAGCGAUGAAGCAGCUACCGGUGGAGAAUGCUCCGCCCGGGGCGAAGGAUGGAGACGAAGAGUCACGCGGCUCCCCUCCUCGCCAGCCCAGUGUGCUGUAUUCCCCGCUCUACACAAACGUGUCCAGUUUGACCGUGCAGGUGCCCGAGAAGAAGAGACGGGGGCGACCCAGGAAGGAGCUCGCAUUCAGCGGCGGCGGUGGUGGCGCGUCGAAGUGUCACGCUCGCGCCGAAGGUGACGAUGCCUUCGGCCGCACGGAUGGGUUCGGCCGCGAUUGCGUUCGUAUUUUCUCUGCGGCAGAAAUCGCAAUGGAGGGCGACGAACUCCUCCCGACCAACAGGACUUGGGGGCCCAGCGCCGUCCCCGGCGAUGAGCCCCGGCCGAGCGCGAAGAGGCUGACCGAUCGUAAGUUCCUCAAGAAGAUCAACAAAAUGAAAGGGCUCAAGAGGGAGAGGAUUCUCAGCCAGAUUUUAUCCGGCUCGAAGGGCGGCCCGCACGGCGCUACCGACGUCAGCCGCGAGGCCGACCAACCGACGAUCGUCGCCACUGCCGCCCCCCCUAAGGUCAAGAAGAGGCAGCAGAUCCACGUGAGCAAGAAGGGCACCAUUUAUGUCGGCAAGAAGAGGGGCAGGAAACCGAAGGCCCCGUCGGAGGCCCCGGGCACGGCCGCCGUCGCGGCGCAACCCAGGCCGCCGCUGCCACCACCGCCACCUCCGCCGCCGCAGUCGUCAUCCUCGUCGCAUCCUCAGUCGUCGCCGUCGAGUUUCCACGCGUCGGCGUCGCCGUUUUCGCUUCCGUCACCCGCGACGACGCAAGCGCCGGGCUUCAGCAGCGGCCUGGAGAGCCCGGCGAGCGACGUGGGGGGCUACCCGGCCGUGUCGCUCCUGCCUGGGCCCCGUCCGAGCCGCAUCCUGCCGACCAAGGCCAUGCUCAAGUUCUCCGGCGAGAGGCCAAAUUUCUCGCCGCCGCUCCCCACAUCUCCGUCGCACUGCUCCGAGAUCUCCCUGCUCAAGGAGGCGACGCCGUCUCCCAUCAGCGAGUCGCACAGCGAGGAAACCAUCCCCAGCGACAGCGGCAUCGGCACGGACAACAACAGCGUGUCGGGGCGCGCCGACAAGCGGGAUGGCCUCCGCACGGCGUCAGCCGCUGUCGUCGCGGCCGCCGUGGCCGCCGCGGUUACUGCGGCCGCAUGCGGCGACGCUCGACGGCCGGGCUCCUUCGUUUCUUCCGCGUCGCCCUCGGACGCCGUCGCCGGCCCGGCCCGUCCAUCGCCGCCGCCGCCGCCGCCGCCGCUCGGGGAGAGUCUGCGGCGCCGGCACAGGAGCGGCGCUUUCCGGCAGGACAAGCUGAAGAGGCCGAGGCAGCACAAGCGGCGCAAGAAAGGGCAGGACCCCGGCUUCCUGGCCGAGCUGGAGGAGCUGACGCGGCUGCUGGCGCGGUGCCGCGUCGGCGGGGGGCGCUCGCGCCGCCGCGACGCCGAGCCGCGCCACCGCCGCCUGCCCAGCAUCUUCUGCGUGAACUUCCCGACGCCGCGAGCGCCGCCGCCGCCGCCGCCGCCGCCGUCCCUGUGCUACUACGGCUCCGCGCAGGCGUUCCGCGUGGACGACGAGGCGAGGUCCAGGAAGCGGCGGCGCGGGAGGCCUCCCAAGGCGCCCGGCUCGCUCGCCGACGCGGCGCCCGACGACGUCCCCGUGACGACGCACGGCGCCGGGGGCUACGGUUCCGUGCCCGGCGGCGUUUGCUACGGCCCCUACGGCCUACCGUACAGCUCCCUGGCCGUUCCGGCGGCAGCGGCCGGCGGGGUGAACCUGAGCUGCUGCUACGGUUCGUUCGGAACAUCGGCGUACCCCGCGGCUCGGCCCCGCGGCGCUGGCCGGGCGGCGCCGGCGCUGCCGUCGCUGCCGUCGCUGCCGCCGCUCCUGCCGGCCACGCGCGACUCCGGGACCUCCCCCUUGCCGUCCAGAGCGGAGAAGCAUCGGUGCCGCAAGUGGAAGCAGCACCAGCAGCAGCAGCAGCACAGGGCGGGGCACGCGUUCGCGCCCGACGGACGGCGCGCGCCGUUCCACCCGGCGGGGAGAACUCGCGCGAUUCACCGUCGGGGCGACGACGUCGACGCGAAGCUCAAGUGCAAGUGCGGCCGAAAGCAUCGCGAGCGCGGGAAGGCCAAGCGGCGGCAGCGGCGGCAGCAGCGGCAACACGCGCUCGGCGCCCACGCGCCGUCGGCCGAGCUGACGCUCCCGGGCAGGAGCUCGGCGCCCGCGGGGGGCGAGCGCGAGCCCAGGCCGGCGAUCGCGGGCGGCGGGUGGGAACGGAGCGAGAAGCAUCCGCCGUGGAGCCGCGCGGACGCUGGGGCGUGCCGAUCGGCGAGCGUGUCGGCAUGGGUGAACCGGGCGGCCUCUUGCGACGGGGCCGGCGACGCCUCCGACCCGCGGCGCCGUUCGGAGAAGAGGAGGAAGUCCUCCGCCUCGUCCUCCUCCGCCUCGUCCUCCUCCCGCUCCUCGUCGUUGCGGGAGCGGACCUUCGCGCCGCCGGAAAGGACGGCGGCCGCGGCGGCGGCGGCGGCCGGGCUCCUGGGGGACGCCAGGAGAGACCGGCCGCUCGCCGCCGCGGUCGCGUUCCGGCAGGGAGAACGGCCGAGGACGGCGGACGCGUCGCCCCGCGCAGACGACCGCGCGAGACCGGAGGUGGUGCACCGGGCAAAGUGGAGCGGCGACGCGAGCGGCCAAACCUGGCGACCGGGCAAAUUCGACCGCCCGGCCCUAACUCUGACCCGACCGCACGGCCUCGGUCACGUCGGCCAGACCCAGCUCCCGAUCCACGGGACGCACCGGAGAGGCCACAGGGGCCGCGGGCGGCCGCCCAAGGCCCACGAAGACGUCUCCCCGGUGGCCACGGCGGCCACGGCGGCCACGGCGGUGGCAGCGCCCAGGGAUGAAGAUCCGAUGUCCGUCGUCUCCGCCUCGAGGGGACGUCUCCCCCCUGCGGGGGACGCCGACGACUCUGAAGGCACGAGCGGCAUUUCGGACUCGAUCGAGCGCGUGGUGCGGAGGGCGGUGCUGCAGUGCCGCUCCCUGCCGCCCCACCGAGGGGAACCUGCGCCCGAUAACGAGCGGGCCGGGAGGAAGCGAAAAGUCGCGGCCGCGGUCCACAGCCACCAAGGAAGGACUGUGAUUCUGCAAUCUCAUCCGUGUGAGAGAACGGACCCAAAGUCGCACUUACCGUUCAAACGGAGGGAGGACAAAAUGAAAAUGGUCAUACAGGAACACUGACUGGGAUGGUUUGGAGGCCUGCUUGCCUUGCGCGGUGGAUUUUGUGAGAAGUGAAACGGAAACGAGCACUUGUUGAUGUGGGAUCGACUCCUGCCCGGGAUUUGCGCCGAUCCCAUUUCCCGUUGUACUCGGGCGCGUCGCGACCGUCCCUGCGGAACUACAAAUGCAGCGACUUGCAUUGUGGCGCUUUGUUUGGCCUGUGGAGAUGGUCAAGGGUGCGGGGUCACGACCACGCAAACAGAAACCACGACGACCACAGCAUCGGCACUGUGGGUGUCGGUGUCACUCGCUCACCGUCGUUUGCUGAUCAAUGCACUUGGAGGAUUUACGAAGAGCAGCAGAGCACGGGGGGAGUUUCAAACGUGUGAAGAAAGCCGCAGAGCGAGCGACAGCUCCCAGCUGUUGGACUGGAAAACACACGCUGAUAGCCACGUUACGGCACCAUUACAAAGGCAGCAUCAUCAUCAUCAUCAUCAAUCGCCAUCAGUGCCAGCAAGACCCUCAUAUAAGUGUUUUGCACCAGUACCCUGUGGAAGUAGCGAUGUGAAGACGGACCGAGCGACGGAUCGCGACGGAUCGCGAGCGGACAUUGGCGUGUUCCGCCCUCCGCUCGCGAUGGAGGUUUGUCUGAGGAUGGGGGCAUAAAAGGUCCUGUCUUGCCUUAGUGAAGCGUAUUUUAUAAUUGUUCAUAAUUGCUCAAUUGUUUAUAAUUGUUUAACGCUGUCCACACAGAUCUUGGUGGAGAGAGCGAACGUCAACGGACGCGACGCGAGAUUUAAAACGGCAGCGGGUUUUUUUUUUAACGAACGUUGGCAGCUUUUUACGUAUUACAUAAAAAUAAAGAAUAUAUUUUGAAUCUGAUUUUAGCGAAUUGCGUGGAAACCAUGGACAAGUGAGUAACUUAUACUGUGGUCGUGCAUCUGCAGCAUUUGUAACGAGUAAGGUCGUGAGUUCCGUGUAGGUGCGCGAGGUUUUUUUGUUCGAUACAUUUUCGUAAGCGGCAUUUUUCGCCUGCCAAGAAAAAUCGAGCAGUUCCCAACUCGGCUGAUUGUCGCUCUACUUGCACUGAAUUUAGUUCACUCUGUUUUUUUUUAUUUUGCGUUAAUAAAAUGUUGACCUUUUUAAACUCGCCAAAUAUAUUUCUAAUUUGCCGAGUUUAAGCCGAACCCAAAAACAAGCCAAUCGCCGCAUCUGUGGCUUCAUAUCGGAGUGCAGGGCGUUAUGAUUCAUUGCUAACUACCGUGGUAGAAAAUGUAGCAAAGUCAUCUUUUCUACUCCCUCUUGUUUGUCAAUCUGUGACGAGCAGUAAGUAAGCCAUUGGUUUUCAUCAUUAAAGUUUGUGAUCUCUUCUCGAGAUUCUAUAAGAAGCUGUUUGAAUCACAGUAUUAUCCUGGACACGAGAUGUUCCAUCUCAGCGCAUUUUUCUGGUGAAAUAGUUGGAUAAAUCGAAUAACUUGCCGGUACUUUAAGAUAUGUACAAGCAAGUAAACAGUGGUUGCUCUGUGGGAAGACUCAAGCCACCCAUAGGAAUGUGGAAUUUCCAGCACUGGCUUGGGGGCUGUCAACAGGAGAUGAGCACAAAUGCCUCGAUUCUGAUUUCAGCAGGAAAAUGGAAAGUGGUUUUGAGAAGAGAGCCAUCAAUCAAGUCGGGUUUGGGAUGCAUACAAAAUGAAUAAAAUCAGUUUUUAAUAAUUUAAAUGUCAAAUAAUGAAACGUGUAAUGCCACUAAGAAGCAAUGUGACAAACGGCAUUUAAGCAUUUUCAAGCAUUAAGAAUGUUUGUGUAAAUCAAACUACUUGGAUUCACUCAGUUAUGUUGCCGCGAUGGCAUUCACGGGGAGCACGAACACGACAGACUGGCAAGGUAUCGCGCACGACGCAUUGCGUCGCUUCAUUGUGCCACUGCGGUUGCCACCUCUACGGUACAAAAGCCGGGACCGUGUCGUGGGAAGAGGGGACACUGCCUGCUUGUCAAUGGUUCCGUCUAGAGUGGCGUGGUAGCGUCAUCGUUAUUACUCUUGCUCAAUUGACAAAAACCACGGUUUACAUUUUUGGCCCUCGGAAGGACUCGCAGAUUUCCCAGGACAGCCGCUACCUCCGCAAAAAGUGGGAUGUCCCGGGAAAACCAAGGACGAUGUGAAAACGCGCAAUGUAAGAGCUCAGAGCUGCGUCAGUUAACCCGGAAAAGCACCGAGCGAUUGGGAUCCCGGCCACUCGAUGAACGUUCGACAAUCGCGCUCGCAGACCACCGUGAUGGCACGAAGUGGAACGUUGAACCGAUUGCGGGGUCGAUCGCGAGGCUCCGUGCGGUCACCAUCGGCGGCACGAGACUCGCCGCGCUCCGUUGCCGGGCCUCGCGCCUCGCUCUGUCUCUCCUUGCCGCUCUCAGCUGUUCGCCCUUGUUGAGGCCCUUUCCAAUCCGCUGAUGUGCAAGUCUGUGCCAAGACAGAUAUGUUUUCAUUCGAAUAGUCUCAGGACCCGUGAGUAAUGUUUUGAGCACCGCUAAGGCACCUGCGAUUAGCACGGUUGGCUACGUUCGCUGAAAAAGAAGUUCAACAUCCAAGCUGCCAUUCUGGGAAGCGAUGUACCUGCUCUAAGUGCCACUGUACAAUAAACGUAUUUAAAGAAAUAAAAAUA